CAUAGUCAGUUGCUCUAGCGCAUCCACGCUAAUGAUGUCUCAAUUACUAUAGUACACAAAGAAUCGUGUAUAAAGAGUAAUCGACAUUUUAAUGACACCAGCGUAUGUAAAUAUGUAUUUCCAUGAUUCAUAUUUCUCUUGCGAAAUGUCCAUUAAGAGGUAUAUUUCAUAAGCCGAACAGCGCUUGAUCAUUGACGUCAUUAUCGUCAUUUCGAUGCGUGAUAAACCAGGAUACCAUCACCAUGGAAAUGCAAGAAACCUAUGGCAGAUCGUCCAAUGCUCAGCAACAUGACGGUGACCUUGGCUGCUGUGGCUAUAUCCUCAUGUUCCUCUCCGGCUGUCUGGUUGUCCUCCUUUUCCCGUUCUCAUUGUUUGGAUCCGUUAAGGUUGUACAGGAGUACGAGAAGGCAGUCAUCUUCCGACUAGGUCGUGUGGUGUCCGGUGGAGCCAAAGGGCCAGGACUCUUCUGCCUAUACCCAUGUAUCGAUGACUUCAAGAAGGUGGACAUGCGUACUUUAAGCUUCGACGUCCCACCUCAGGAGGUCUUAUCGAAGGAUUCGGUGACGGUGUCCGUUGAUGCUGUGAUCUACUGUUAUGUAUUUGACGCAGUGAUGUCCGUGUGUAACGUCCAGGACGCUUUCGCGUCGACCAAGCUGUUGGCCGCAACUACUCUGAGAAACGUCCUGGGCACAAAGAAUAUGGCCGAGAUGUUGUCUGACCGGGACUCUAUUACACGACAAAUGAAGCAACUUUUGGACGAGUCGACAAAACCUUGGGGUGUGACAGUGGACCGUGUGGAAAUGAAGGAUGUCAGACUUCCACACCAACUACAAAGAGCUAUGGCGGCGGAGGCAGAGGCGUCCCGAAAUGCCCGAGCUAAGGUGAUAGCUGCGGAGGGGGAACAAAGUUCGUCCCGGGCUCUGAAGGAAGCAGCCGACAUCAUCACACAAUCACCAGCCGCCAUACAGCUGCGGUAUUUACAGACACUCAAUUCCAUCGCCAGCGAAAAGAAUUCAACCAUCGUGUUCCCCUUGCCGAUAGAUCUCAUCGGCACACUAGUCGAAAAGUGAGACUUCAACAUCAUUAAAAUAACUAUUUUCAUUGAACAACAUCGCCAUUUUCAAAUUUAUUGAGCUAUCAUCAUAAAAUGGGAAUUAUAUUUACAUUAAGUUUAACAAGAAAAAAGAUCGAAAGGCGACUUUAAAAAAAGCCACGAUAGCUAAUAUGUAGGCAGAGAGCCGAACAUUAUUUAAUGAACUAUUUUCAUUGAACAACAUUUUUAACAUCGCCGUUUUAAAAUUUAUUGAGUUAUCAUUAGAAAAUGGGAAUGAUAUUUACAUUAAGGUUUAACCCGAAAAUAUCGAAAGGCGACUUUAAAUGACCCCACGACAGAGUAUAUGUAUAUUUAGAUAUAAGGAACCUCAGUUAAAGCUGUUAAAGAUGAACGUGAUACACAGUUGCACCUAUAGAUUUAUUUGGCAAUUAAAACAGUAAAUGAAUUGCACUGCACUACACAGCUAUUUCGUCCUUCUUUGACUCAAAGGUGAUGCUAGGGACCAAAAUUCAAAUUAGUCUAAACUACUAUUCAAACAGAAGGGGAGAAGAUUAAAACCCUUUAAUCAUACGGCUGUAAUAAUAUGAAAUUCCAUACGUAACGGAGUACUGGAUACUUUUCUAAUUAAUAAUGAGCUAGUGUAUAAUUAUAAACUGUGCUGCUACCCUAAAGAGAUAAUUACAAUGAAACAGAUCGAUGUAAAAAUAGUGUGUACCAAUGCAUUUAGGCUGAUGCCUUCAUCAAAAUAGUUCACGGACAUUACAUGUAUUACAUAUCAAUUUAUUUUGUUAACAAAAAGUGUUUAUUACAAAACGACACAUUACAUUAAGACCAUGUAUACCUAGGUUAUCAGGAGAUAAAAUUAUCUUUCUCUAGCUAUGAAGAGGCAUACUGGAUCCAAACACUCAAAAAACAUUUAUUCUAUUUUUACCGGAGAAAUUUUUCGAAACAUUUUCUUUAAUUUGGUGAGUAUUUAUACAUAUAUGGUGUACAUGUUCAUAUAGCACUGCUAUAUUUCUGAUCUUAAGUAGAUGUUUGUCUUCGAUAUAUGCCCAUAGGUUAAUCUGUUCUUGUUUCAUCGGAGAUAAAUUUUAGCAUACACCUCUGAUCUGUCCGUUAUAAUGUAUUUAGAAGAUAAUGUGAACAUAUGCAAAGUUAGAGUAGGUAUCUUUCAUAAGGUAAUUCAUUUCCGUAGAAUAUGCUUUUCGGGAUAUUUGAACACAUCAAGUAUUGUACACCAUCGUUUGAUUUAGUGAAUUCUUCUUACUAAUACAUUCUUGAAGAUGUGUUUUUGACUUAAAACAUAAUUUGGCAAUCUCAAGUAACCUGCAAUUUUCACAAGAAGGUAAAAAAAUGAAACAAAGAAUAAACAAAAACACACCUGUAUUGUUAAGGGUAUGGUGGCAGACAUUGUGGAUGUCGUUGGUUUUCAAUAUGUGUGUUUUCCCAUUUAUUUCCUUUUUAAAGAAUAUUAGACAUAUCUUGCUUUUGAAACCAAGUCUCACACUUCAAGUCAUAACUGAAAUUUCAUUUGAAAUUUUGAUUAUUUAUCAUUUUAGCACAUCAUUAUUUGGUGACGUGUUGCUGAAGGGUGCUUUUUUUAGGUGCCUUUGAUCGGUAUUUAUUUAGAUGUCUUAUUUACUGUUAGAUCUUGCUAUUUUGUUGUACAUGUUCUU